AAGAAAACAAAGGAAAGGCGCUAAUACCGUUAGCUUUCCACGUGUAUGUGCCUGAGCACAGGGACUGUUGUGUUGUUGUGUGAGCUGAGUGUGUGAGCUGCGGCAGCAACGAUGCCUUCAGUUCAGUAUCUGAGAGAGUUUAUCAACGAGCGACUAACUGCUGCUGCUGAACAAAUAUUCUUGGAGUUUGAAAAAACGAUCGUCCAGUACGAGGAAGAGAUCGACCGUCAGCGCAGACUGCUGGAUAUCACCUGGAAACCCCAAAUCAAGCUGCACAGGACAGUUCCUCCAAACGUCCCACAGCAGCCUGUCUGUGAGGAGGAGGAGGAGGUUCUCCCUGAGCAGCAGCUCUGGAACCAGGAGAGGAGCUCCAGUGUGGAGCAGGAGGAACCAGAAGCUCCACAGAUUAAAGAGGAACAGGAGGAACUGUGCAGCAGUCAGGAGGGGGAGCAGCUGGGACUGAAGGAGGAGACGGAUACCUUUAUGGUGACUGCUGCUGAGGAAAGAGAGCACAGUGAACCAGGAGGAGACGGGGAGCAGCUCCCCUCUCCCAGCUCUGCUGGAACUGAGAGUCAGGAUCAGGAAGGAGGCAAGAAUUCAAGAUCAAGUAGAAAAAGAAAUAAAAGUCACAAAAAUAAAGAAGGCCCCACUGCAUCAGGGAGUCGGUGUAACUCUGCUAAAUGUAAAAAGUCUCUAAAAUGUGAUGUUUGUGGAAAAACCUUUGAGUUUAAUUAUCAAAUUAAAAUCCAUUACAGAAUCCACACAGGUGAGAGGCCGUUUGCUUGUAAGAUGUGUGGGAAAAUGUUCAGAUGUAAUAAUUCUUUGUCAAAGCACAUAAGAACCCACACAGGUGGUAAGCCAUUUUCUUGUACGAUAUGUGGGAAGAUGUUCAAACGUAGCUCUCACUUAACAGAGCACAUAAUGACUCACACAGGUGAAAAGUGUUGUUCUUGUCCAACAUGUGGGAAAAUGUUUGCAUAUAAUAGGGAUCUACUAAAACACUCAAGAAGUCACACAGGUGAGAAACCAUAUCAUUGUAAAACAUG